AUGAAAUUGAUUUCUCUCCUAUGCCUAGUGUUUUGCGUAGAGCAAGUGUGCUCACAGUACCUUUAUUACUACUAUCCAUCCACCUAUACACCUCUUUACUACUAUUAUUAUCCAAGUGUCGCACUCUCGCAGCCGGUAAACGACGGUGGUGCUGUCGAUGCCGCGAAUGUACAACAAUCUCAACAGCAACAGUACUAUAUGCAGCAGCCAUAUCAACAACAGGUCCAACCGCAAGUGUAUACCAAUCAACAACAACAACCAGCGCAGCAACAACAACAACAACUGCAGCAACAACAGCAACAACCGCAGCAGCAACAAUUGUUCUACAGUCCCGGAGCAGUACAGCAACCAGUGCAAGGAUAUACACAAUACAGCCAGCCUAACUCUCAACAGUACGACUAUAAUGCGCAAUAUGCUCAACAGCAACAACAACCGACAUUUCAGUACAAUCAGGGUGCUCAACAGCAGCAACAGUACAACGUACAAAAGGAUGCUAUCCAGACAGUAACUCCAACGAAUACGCUGAACUACAAUAGUCCUCUUAAAAACCCAACUAUUAACAACACGACUACAAUGCGCAAUAUUGGGUUGAUCUUACCGAGAAAACAUAUGGCAAAACCAAUGGAUGCAUCAUACACAGGAUAUUAUUCAAUAGGGAAGAAACUAAAAAAUGAUUCAAAAUCGCAACCUUCCACCUUAUCCUGGGUUCCAUGCAUUUCUGUUUGA